AUGCAGACCAGGACGAAAUACCUUUUCCUGACUUUCCUUGCCUCUUGGCUGCUGCUUUUCCUCCUCGGAGGCGCCCGCCUGCGACGCUUCCCCUUCUUUUCCGGGCGCAGAGCCGAGGCGCGGAGGAGCUGGCCCCGCUGGACAGAGCGCUCCGUGCUCCCGAGCUUCGCGGGCGCUGAGGAGCCGCAGGACGGCGGGGUCCCGCUGGGGCCAUCCCCGCACGCCUGGCGGGCCGCGCGCCGCCGCGUCUACAGGGGCAGCCGGUGCCGCAUGGAGACCUGCUUCGACGCCGCGCGCUGCGCGCGACGUGGCUUCAAGGUGUUCGUGUACCCCGCAGCGCCGGGCGCCGCCGUGUCCGGCACUUACCUCAAAAUCCUCGCGGCCAUCGAGAGGUCUCGCUACUACACGGCCGACCCCGAGGCCGCCUGUCUCUUCGUGCUCGGCAUCGACACGCUCGACCGCGACCACCUCUCCCCCCAGUACGUCCCCAAUGUGGAUGAGGAAAUCCAGGGCUUUUCCCUCUGGAACGGCGGCCGUAACCACCUGAUAUUCAACCUCUACUCGGGCACGUGGCCCAAUUACACGGAGGAGCUGGGCUUCGACAUUGGGCAGGCGAUGCUGGCCAAGGCCAGCUUCUACGCGGAGAACUUCAGGCCUGGCUUUGAUGUCUCCAUCCCGCUCUUCCCCAAGGAUCACCCGCAGAGCGGCGGGGAGCCAGGCUGGCUCUACCAGCAUGCACUGCCUCCCAAGAGGAAAUACCUGCUGGUCUUCAAAGGGAAGAGGUACCUCACGGGCAUCGGCUCCGGCACCAGGAAUGCUCUGCACCACAUCCACAACGGCCAGGACAUCGUGUCCCUCACCACCUGCAAGCACGGCAAGGACUGGCAGAGGCACAAGGACGCGCGCUGCGACCGCGACAACGUGGACUACGACAAGUUCGACUACCAGGAGCUGCUGCACAACUCCACGUUCUGCAUCAUCCCGCGCGGCCGCCGCUUGGGCUCCUUCCGCUUCCUGGAGGCACUGCAGGCCGCCUGCAUCCCCGUGCUGCUGAGCGACGGCUGGGAGCUGCCCUUCUCCGAGGUGCUCGACUGGGGCAGAGCCGCCGUCGUGGGCAGCGAGAGGCUCCUCCUGCAGAUGCCGUCGGCCGUGCGCCGCAUCGGCCCGGAGCGCGUGCUGGCCUUCCAGCAGCAGACGCAGUUCCUGUGGGACGCCUACUUCUCCUCCGUGGACAAGAUCGUGCACACCACGCUGGAGAUCAUCAAGGACCGGCUCUUCCCGCACCGCUCCCGUGCCCGUUUCUUCUGGAACGCGCUGCCUGGCGGCCUCCUGACACUGCCCGACUUCUCCACGCGCAGCGGAGACUUCCCCUUCUACUACCUGCAGCAGGGCUCCAGCCCUUCCAACAAGUUCACGGCUCUCAUCCGCGCCAGCGCAUCCACAUCCCUCUCCCAGCCCAUCCUCAGGCUCAUCCAGGCCGUCUCCAGAUCCCAGUACUGUGACCAGAUCCUGGUGCUGUGGAGCUGUGAGAAGCUGCCACCGCCCCCUGAGAAAUGGCCCCAAAUCACAGUGCCUGUGACCAUCAUCCACGGCAGGCCGAGACUCAGCGAGCGCUUCCUGCCCUUCCCGGAGAUCCGGACGGACGCGGUGCUGAGCCUGGACGAGGACACCAGCCUCUCGACCAGCGAGGUGGACUUUGCCUUCGUGGUGUGGCGCAGCUUCCCCGAGCGCAUCGUGGGAUUCCCCGCGCGCAGCCACUUCUGGGACGCGGCGCGGCAGCGCUGGGGCUGCACGGCCGCCGGCGCCAACGAGCUCUCCAUGGUGCUCACGGCCGCCGCCGUCUACCACAGGUAUUACCACAGCCUCUUCACGCACUACCUGCCGCCGGCCCUGCGGGAGCUCGUGGACCGCCUGGCCGCCUGCGAGGACGUCCUCAUGAACCUCUUGGUGGCCGCCGUCACCAAGCUGCCACCCAUCAAAGUGACCCAGCGGAAGGAGCUCAGGGAGCCCGGGGAGCAGCAGGUGAAGGCUGCGGCCGGCGGCGCCGCGUGCUCCUCCCCGCCGCACGACUGCCUCGACCAGCUAGUGGGCUGGUUCGGCUACAUGCCCCUGGUGUCCUCCCAGCUCCGCCUCGACCCCGUGCUCUUCAAGGACCAGGUUUCCAUCCUGCGCAAGAAAUACCGGCACUUGGAGAAGCCCUAGGGCCCGGCCGAGCUC